AUGUCCUACGGCGACCAGACAAAACCUGCAUACAACGCUCAACCAGAAUAUGCGACCAUUUCAGCUCCUUAUAAGCCAGCUGGACAGGGAGAUUACGCAGCAGCCCCAUUGAUGAAUAACCAGACACUGGGGAAUUAUAGUUACUACCAACCACCGGCGCCGUAUUACGCUAUGACCUCGACACCAGCACCGUAUUACGCCAUGACCUCGACACCGGCGUCGUAUUACGCCAUGGCCUCGACACCAGCGCCGUAUUCUACAACAAUGCCGUCCGUUUAUAAUCCUUCUUAUACGUCCACAGUUCCUUACUACAAUCCCACGUUACAUCUCGAGAAAUACCCAAAAGCGCCAGAAACAUACAACGACGCUUCAUCGGUGCCGUUAGCGUCAUACUAUAAUCUGAUGACCCCGGCACCGUACGUUUCUCCCCCUUCAUUAUCCCGUGCGGUGCAGUAUGUACCUGCACUGGAAGUAUCAUCGGGACUAUAUGGCACCGGUGAUGUAGGUUAUGCCGGCUACAAUAAACCACCGGAAGUGGUGUAUCCUGCCGAUUCAUCCGAUGGUCCGAAGCAGUACUGGCCAUCGAUGUUGGUAUACGCGUCAGCAGGAUCUUUACUACCUGUGGAGUACAACUCCUAUCCUCCCCAAGAAACCAUCCAAUAUGACAAUGGCAAAUAUUCGAGACGGAAGUCGACCGGACGUGCGGUGUUUCCUCGUUGA